UUAGUCACUCGGGUCCUCAUCAGUCCCUUGGAUGUCAUCAAGAUCCGCUUUCAGCUUCAAAUUGAGCAGCUUUCCUCCAGAAACCCAGCGGCUAAGUAUCAUGGCAUCUUGCAAGCUGUACAGCGUAUCUUCCAGGAGGAGGGGUUGGUGGCCUUCUGGAAGGGCCAUGUUCCUGCUCAGUUCCUUUCAGUUGGCUACGGAGCUGUUCAGUUCAUGGCGUUUGAAAGCUUGACAAAACUGGUGCACAAUGUCACGUCGUACAACGCCCGCGACUCCUUGGGUGGCCGGGCUCCUUGCCCAGCCACGGUUGCAGUUCAGCCUGUGGACACGCUACGCACCCGCUUCGCUGCUCAGGGUGAGCCUAAGAUCUAUCGCAACCUUCGCCAUGCAGUGGUGACCAUGUACCAGACAGAAGGGCCUCGGACUUUCUAUAGAGGUUUGACCCCCACAAUUGUUGCUGUCUUUCCAUAUGCUGGUCUCCAGUUCUCCUUCUACAACAUCCUGCAACAGUUUUCUGAGUGGAUGAUUCCAGCUGAAGGAAAGAAAGGAGGCAACGUUAAAAACCUUGUUUGUGGCAGCUGCGCUGGAAUCAUCAGCAAAACCCUCACUUACCCUUUUGACCUGUUCAAAAAACGACUGCAAGUGGGUGGCUUUGAGCAUGCCCGGGCAGCCUUUGGGCAGGUGCGGAUGUAUAGGGGUCUCCUGGACUGCAUAAGGCAGAUCAUGCGAGAGGAGGGCCCGGGUGGAUUCUUUAAGGGCCUUUCACCCAGCUUGCUGAAGGCUGCUGUCUCUACUGGCCUUAUCUUCUUUUGGUAUGAGCUGUUCUGCAGCCUCCUGUGUGCCCUGAAGAGCACCGACAGCACCAUGAGGAAGGAGAGCUGA